CAGCCACAGCUGAGGAUUGCGGUGCAGGGGGAGCGGUGCAUGCCGGGAAGUGCGGAGACUAAAGCGUCAGGCAGCGGGGGCUAGUGCUGCGGGCAUCUGUGUGAGGGACACGCCCUGCCAGGGCACAGCUGCUGGAGGAUCAGCUCUGAAAUCCCCGGGUUCUGUAUCCGCCAUCAUGGGCGUCAGGCGCAGACUUAUGGAUUCCUUGCUGGGACUUCUGCUCCCUCUUCUUCUCCUCUCCAGACUUGGCGUCGCCAAACAAGAGCCGUGCUGGACCUGCCGGAGCCUGGUCGACAAUUUUGUUAGGGGCAUAGAGAAGACGGCCGGGCAAAACUUUGGAGGAGGCAACACGGCCUGGGAGGAGGAGAAGCUGGCAAAGUAUGAGAGCAGCGAAACGCGUCUUCUGGAGGUGCUGGAAACCGCCUGUGACAAGUCCGACUUUGAAUGUAAUAAGAUGCUGGAGCAGAAUGAGGAGCACCUGGAGACCUGGUGGUUUAAGAGACCCAGAGAUUCCAGCGACCUCUUUGACUGGCUGUGUAUGGACAUGGCGAAGCUCUGCUGCCCGGAGGACACCUGGGGGCCGGACUGCGCGCCCUGCCCCAGCGGCGCUGACAAGCCCUGCAGCGGGAAUGGGAAAUGCAACGGAGCGGGCACCCGAGGCGGCACAGGGACGUGUGACUGCUUUCCCAGCUAUGGUGGCCCCCUGUGCAUGGACUGCGCUAUUGGUUAUUACGAGGAAGCCAAAAAUGAGAGCCACCUGGUAUGUUCUGAGUGUCACCGCUCCUGCAGCAAGUGCCUGGGACCCGAGGACGAUCAGUGCGUGCUGUGCAAGAGGGGCUGGCUGCUGCAUGACAUGAAAUGUAUCGACAUUGAUGAAUGUGGCACUGUAGAUCGCUGCAAAUCGAACCAGUACUGUGUAAAUACGGAUGGAUCCUAUGAAUGCCGAGAGUGUGAUAAAUCCUGCAUUGGUUGUAUGGGCGCAGGAUCGGCACGGUGUAAGAAAUGUAAUGCUGGCUACUACCGGGACGGAGCUAAGUGCCUGGAUGUGGACGAGUGCGACAACGAGAUUCCCAAAUGUAAAGGUUUACGGGAGGAGUGCGUGAACACUGAGGGAAGUUUCACCUGCAUCUGUGAGAAGGGCUAUAUCAGGGUCGAUGGAUCGUGUAGAGCCGACCACAAAGAUGACUCUGACAAGGGCUUGUUCGAUGACAUCACAGAUGACGAGGUGGUGGUCCUGCAGCAGAUGUUCUUCGGGGUGAUCAUCUGCGCUCUGGCUACACUAGCUGCCAAAGGCGAUAUGGUCUUUACCGCCAUCUUCAUUGGAGCCGUGGCGGCCAUGGCUGGAUACUGGUUGUCGGAGAAGAGUGACAGGGUGCUCGAAGGCUUUCUGAAAGGGAGAUAGCUUCCCAUUUGCGUGGACUGGUCCCGAAUGUCUAUGGAGCUCCUCUCUGCUUCACCUGUGGGGCCCCAAAGACCUCACCGUACAGUCCUGCUGUGUAGCAGAGAUGGACCAGUAGUGGCUUGGUAGCCCAGGAACAUUUGCCCUAAGGAAUGUUCUCUCCCCUUAAUAUUGUAGAAGACACAUAAGCACAGACAGCAUCUUCUAGAAACCACUCGAAAUCUUAUCUCUAAGUAUAUGGAAUCCUUCUGCUGUGAAGAUCCGGGACUCUUUAUUAAAGGGGAAGCCUGAAGGACUCCUGGAAUUUUAGAAAUUUUUACUUAUCGGAUAUCUCCACCAUGGAGGAUGGACCUGUUGAGGAUCUCUUCUAUCUGCUCGCUAUACGUAUCCCUCAGCUUGACCUGUAAGUGCGGCGUCUUAUGAUUUGUCCGUUGCACCUUUGGCCAGGCUGUAAUAAGGGACGGAUGAUGGGGUUCAAAGGUGGCGCCCGGAGAUUUGGGGGGGCUCCUCACCAGUGUAUGGAUCCUACUGGAAAAGCAAAGACUCAAGAGCCGGGAAGACGGUCCUGAAGAUUUUCCAGUGCCAUGUUGUGAAAGUGAAGGUCAGAACAUGUGACAUUGGGGUCUAAUGGUUAUAAGAUGAUGGAGCUUCAUGUUUUGUUUUUACCCCCCCCCCCGUACUGAAGCUCAGGGGUUACCCUAUCGAACCAGAUAUGUCUUGUAGGGUUGAUACUGUUGAGAUCAACAAUACCUGUCUUGUGAAUAUCCUUUGGGUUGGUCCUGAGAAAAUGAACUUUUUCUACAAAUUUGUUAAUUAGGUCCCCAGAGCACUGCGGGGUCACUGACCGCCUGGCCCUGUAUUUUUGUAUUUUGCUCCCACUCAGUCUACACCAGGCAUGCUCAACCUGCGGCACUCCAGCUGUUGCAAAACUACAAAUCUCAAUUCCCUGCUGUAAGCUGUUCGGGCAUGCUGGGAUUUGUAGUUUUGCAACAGCUGGAGGGCCGCAGGUUGAGCAUGCCUGGUCUACAGUAUUGACAUGUGAUGCUGGGGAAACAAAUGCACUGCGCAAGCGCUGAUGGUGUAGACGAUGGCGCAGACAUAAGAUUGCAGGAGAGGUGCCCAACCACAGCCAUCAAGGGGGAGAGGCUGUCGGGGUGUAGGAGUUCGGGCCUCCCCUCAGUGCUCUGCAGACCUAGACCUAACUAACAUAUUAGUAAAAUAGACAUUUUUUCAGAAACUGUGCAACGGAGCUUCAUUGAGAGAUCCUUUCAUUCGCCAGGAUGAACCCUGCCAGACACUAAGUCUGGUUUCAUGGGGUUGAUCCUGCUUUUAUGUCUUUAGAAAAAGAAAAAAAAAGUACCGUAAUCGCACCUUUUUGGGAGUGUCCAUAGUCUACCUUUUGAAGGGCAUGAAUACUUCUGCAACCAAACUAAACCUAAAAGAAAAAAAGAGGCCGCUUUGCGGAGAGACUUUAUUAAAAUUCUCCCAUUUUGUGUACACAGCUCCUGUGCAGAUCUAUAUGUAACCAUGGUAACAGCAAUAAAAGCAAACCUUUAGGCUGGAUUACAGAUGAGUUGUGGUUUAAAAAAAAAAUAAAAAUUAUAUAAUGCAAUUUUAUUUUUUAUUUUUUUGCAUUUGGCAUCCUGCAGUUAGUAGAAGAGGGAGCACAAUGAAGAGUGACUUGUGAUGGCAAUAUCAGACUACGCAGGGUUAGCUUGUAGUCUGUAACCAUGGAGACACACAGGUCUGCAUAAGAGCCGGAUGCAGAAAAUAGUGGAAUACAGAUUUUUUUUUUUUUUUUUUUUUUUUUGUAAAACGGUAACAAAGUAGCACCAUUCCACAUCCUGGAUAUAUCGGCAUCAUAAAAUGCUUCUACUGUAUUGUAUUCCAGUUCCUUCCCACCCCAGCGCACACCAACAGGUAGCGGCCAUUUUUCUAACUUAUUUUAUAGAAGUUUUGGUAUGCCAAGGGUUAUCUACAAAAAAUAAAGUGAUUAAAAAUACAUCUGGGGAGAUGGAGGCUCCGACUACAUAUCGGCAAGAGUUACCGACGUGGAGAGACGAUUCUGCAUGUUACAUCAGGAGUCUCCAAUCUUAGGCACUCCAGCUGUUGCAAAACUACAACUCCCAUCAUGCCCUGGCAGCCUUUGGAGGGCCACAGGUUGAGACCCCUGUGCCCCAUUAUUUAUUUGUAUGUUUGGAUUGGCUGUUUGUCUUAAUUUAUUUAUCUCAGGAUAAUAAACUUAUUUAAACCUUUUAA